GAUUUCCGUGGUGACCGUGGAGGAGUCCGGCCCCGUACAGACCCCGAUGUCCUGGGCUUCAUGACACAUCUCCAUUAGAAGAGCCAGAAGCGUGCCGGCCGCGGGGUAAUACAGUCCGUGGCCAUGGCUGAGGGUCAUAAGACCUCGCUUGACGAGGAAGUUUGGGACAAACCCGUGUGCGAGUGGACGGUGCAGGACGUGUGCUGCUGGCUACAUACGGGGCCCCUGCAGGAUGGAGUUGGAUUGGUCCAGGCAGCCUUCACCCACAGCAUCAAUGGACGGGCUCUUCUGAGGCUGACGGACGAGAAUCUGCAGAGGAUGGGCGUUCACCGGCAGGACCUGCGCAGAGUCAUCUUACUGGAGGUUCUGGAGCUCCGACUCCAACAAGAGCUUCAGCAACUGCUCUACAUAACCAUGGAUUAAACAGUGGCUGAGAACACGCACCGCCUGAGGAGUGAGAGACCCCACAGCACCUGGCUCCAAUAAUGACAACUAGAAGAGUGGCCCC